CAAAACCUUAUCCAUCUCAUUCGCAUUUGGAUGCUCUUAUAUGGCUCGACUUCACCUAUUCAUCUCCCUCCUUCUCGUCUCUGUCCUCUCCGUCUACGCCCACGGCGGCCACCAUGACGAUGAUGACGACGACGCCAGCACCCUGUCGCCGUCAAAGGAGGAGCCCGAUCUCCGGUCAAAGUCCCUUAUUAUCGUCAAGAUUUAUUGCUUGAUACUUGUUUUUAUUGGAACCUUCAUAGGUGGCAUAUCCCCCUACUUCAUGAAGUGGAAUGAAGGCUUUCUUGUACUGGGGACUCAAUUUGCAGGCGGUGUGUUUCUGGGAACGGCCUUGAUGCAUUUCUUGAGUGAUUCCAGCGAGACGUUCGAGGAUCUUACCACCAAACAGUACCCUUUCGCGUUCAUGCUCGCAAGCGCUGGUUAUCUACUUACCAUGUUUGCUGAUUGCGUCAUCUCUCAUGUUUAUAGCAAACAGAGGAAUGACGGAGACGGCGAUGUGGAGCUUCAAGGAAAUGGGAAAGGACCUAGCACCAGAAGCAUCAGCAACGGCACAACCUCGCAAUCACACUUCCAGCAGGCUGAAAACAAAAGCGAGAACCAGGUGAUGAAGCCGUCCCUCGCGACUGCUUAUUCGCUGGGAGACACAAUCCUGUUAAUCGUGGCUUUGUGUUUCCAUUCUGUGUUUGAAGGAAUCUCAAUUGGGGUUGCAGAGAAUAAAGCAGAUGCUUGGAGGGCUUUAUGGACGGUCAGCCUGCACAAGAUAUUCGCAGCCAUCGCCAUGGGAAUAGCUCUGCUGCGGAUGAUCCCGGAUCGUCCCCUGGUAUCAUGUGCAGCCUACGCGUUUGCCUUCGCCAUAUCAAGCCCCAUAGGAGUGGCCAUCGGGAUAGUGAUAGAUGCCACAACAGAAGGUCCAGUUGCAGACUGGAUCUACGCCAUAUCCAUGGGUCUGGCCUGUGGUGUCUUCAUCUACGUUUCCAUAAACCAUCUGCUGGCCAAGGGCUACACACCCCAUAAUCUCACAUUGGUGGACACGCCCUUCCAUAAGUUCUUCGCCGUGUUGACUGGAAUCGGGGUGAUUGCAGUCGUCAUGAUCUGGGAUUGAGCUCUCGAUCUCUCUCUCAUCUCCCUCCUUCCACCCGGCUUCUGUUCUGGUCGAACCGUAGAAGUGGAACCCCGGUUUUUGCUCUUCUUUGGGUUUAAUCUUUAAUGCGACAAGUAAAAAGCCAUCCGGGGUCACAACUCCGCUACUAUGAACUAUGAUAGUAUGAUGAACUAGGAAGAAUUGAAGAUGGUUUUCUCUUCUUUUACCAACAAAACAAACCAAUCUUCCAGUGCAGCUGUACAGGAGAAAACAACAAAACAACAACUGGAAAAAGUAUCAAAGUGAUGUAUAACAAACUUUUGUAUAUUUGUUUCUUGGGCAAUGGCUUGUUUGUAGGCUCUCUCUACCCGAUUAUUUGUUUGGAGCGUAGACUUGUUUGUCGAACUGAAAGAGGGAAUUGAAUCCUGACCAUGCAA